UUUAAAUGGAGAGAGGCAUAUCCUGAACUGCCUCUGUCUUUCUCCAUUGGGAAAAAGUUCUAGAUGUAGGCAUCUUCUGCUCCAUACAGCUUGCUGAAGACUCUUCCAGGCUUUAAGUGAUUAAAAAGGCGAAGGACUCAAAAAGCUAUCAGAGGAAACUAUUUGCCAGAAAUGGUUGAACCUCUGGGCAACCGGUAUGUUGUCACCCGGCCAGUAUAUUCAGAUCUAUCAUUUUGUGAAGAGCACCAGAAAGUGCAUAGAUACCAUAAAACUUUGGUGGAUCAUCUCAGAGUAUGCUUUAGGUGUACUCCCAAAAGGGUAAAAACAGCUGCUCUUAAUUUGUUUCCUGUGGCUUCCUGGUUACCCACAUAUCAGAUCAAGGAUUGGCUUCUUAGCGACAUCGUUUCGGGAAUUAGCACAGGGCUGGUAGCUAUCCUGCAAGGCCUAGCAUUUGCUUUGUUGGCAAAUGUCCCUCCAAGUUAUGGACUCUAUGCAGCCUUUUUCCCCGUGGUUAUAUACUUCUUCUUUGGCACUUCCAGACAUAUAUCAGUCGGUCCUUUCCCCGUCCUGAGUCUGAUGGUAGGAGGAGCAGUUAUAAAUAUGGUCCAAGAUGAACCUGGGAACACCAACAUGCAAAUGAACAAUUCAUCAUUAGACCAGGAAAGAGUUAUGGUGGCAGCAUCUGUAACUGUCCUUGCUGGCAUCUUUCAGUUACUCCUGGGCGCCUUACGCAUCGGCUUCAUAGUUAUCUAUUUAUCUCAGCCAUUAAUCAGUGGAUUCACUACCGCUGCUGCAAUACAUGUUUUUGUGUCUCAACUGAAGUUUAUUUUUCAACUACAAGUCGAGCCAUAUAAUAAACCAUUGGGACUCAUAUGGACACUUAAAAGUAUAUUUGAGCAAAUCACCAACACCAACAUUGCGGACUUCGUCACUGCACUUAUUAUCUUAGUCAUUGUGACUGUGGUCAAGGAACUGAAUGAUCGUUACAAAGCCAAGCUCCCAAUACCUAUUCCUAUUGAAGUCAUCGUGACAGUCAUAGCAGCUGGGGUAUCUUAUGCCUUUGAUUUCAAAGAGAAAUUCCAGGUAGAUACUGUUGGGAACGUAGAGAUUGGGUUUCAGGCUCCGGUUUCACCAGAUAUGAAGUACUUUGAACGUUGCUUGGGAGACAGCUUCUCCAUUGCCAUUGUCGGCUUUGCUGUUGCCUUUUCAGUGGCUAAAGUUUAUUCCAUUAAGCAUGAUUACACCAUAGAUGCCAACCAGGAAUUAAUUGCCUUUGGAAUAAGCAACAUCUUUGGGGGGGUGUUCAAAGGAUUUGCUGCAAGCACUUCGCUGUCAAGGUCUGGAGUACAAGAGAGUACAGGAGGCAAGACCCAGGUUGCUGGACUCCUGUCAGCUAUUAUUGUCAUGAUUGCUAUCCUGGCCAUUGGCUAUCUCUUGGAACCACUGCAAAAGUCAGUCCUUGCAGCUUUGGUUCUUGGCAAUUUGAAGGGGAUGCUGAUGCAGUUCAAAGAGAUCGGAGUUUUGUGGAAAAAGGACAAGUAUGACUGUCUUAUCUGGAUUGUGACCUUCCUGGCUGCCUUUCUACUGGGGCUGGAUCUUGGUUUAGUGGCUGGACUUGGAUUUGAGCUCCUGACUGUUAUAUUCCGGGUCCAAUUUCCAAAAUGCACACUUUUGGCUAAAAUUGGAAGGAGUGACAUCUACAGAAACAGAAAAGACUACUCUGAUAUAUAUGAGCCAGAAGGAGUGAAAAUUUUCAGGUGCCCAUCUCCAAUCUUCUUUGCUAAUGUUGAUUUCUUCAAGGACAAAUUGACUGCCGCGGUUGGUUUUAAACCACUGAGGGUAUUACGGAAACGUAACAAAGCUCUAAGGAAAAUAAAGAAGAUGUUAUUGAAAGGAGAGCUUCAGGAAACUCCAAAAGGUUUUCUUUGUACCGUUACUAGUAUGACAGAUUCAGAUGAAGAGCUGGACAACAACAGGGUUGAAGAGCUGUAUCAGCCCCUAGAUACCAAAGAUUUGCCAAUUCAGAUAGACUGGAACGCAAGCCUACCUCCCAACAUCAGUGUUCCAAGAAUUGACAUUCACAGCAUCAUCCUCGAUUUCUCAGCAGUAUCAUUCCUUGAUGUUUCAGCUAUGAGAAUCAUUGGAGAGACUUUGAGAGAAUUCAUCCGGGUUGAUGUCGAAGUCUACAUUGUAGGCGCACACGAUGGCCUUCUGGAGAAGCUACAACAAUGUGGAUUUUUCAAUGAUGAAAUUAAGCCAUCCAUAUUUUUUCUGACCAUUCACGAUGCAAUUUUAUAUAUAUUGGUGAAGAAGGAUAUUGUAACCUGCUCAUCAAAACUCAAAGCCAUUAAGGAAAAUGAAAACAAAGAUCACUACAUAAUUAACACAAAUGGAGGACUGCGCAAUCGGGAGCUAACGGAAUCAUCAGAAACAAAACUGUAGAAGCACAAUUGGCAAAGAACCAUAGCGGAGUAUGAAAUUGUUGAGAAAAUGAAGGAAGCGUUGGCUCUCUAGCAGGUCUCCGCAUUGAGUGAUGUCAGAGUUGAAGCCCUGUCCCCCCUGCAGGUGCACAAGUCACACACAUAUACACACACAUGCCUGUACAAAAGGGGGUGGAGCUUCAACUGGAUGCCAUGCCUGCCAUCCGGCAGAUUUUGAUCCCUCCAUGGAUGCUCUGGCAUCAUAGGCAACCAUUUUUGCCUUGGAAAGCACUUUCUUAACCAGUUUAUAUGUGUAUACGAAUGUGUAUAUAAAAUAUUAUGUUAUAUGAAAAUCCUGAUCUCAAACAGUACUGAAGUAUCAAUCUUCAGUACCAAAAGAUUAAAUAUCAAUUUCAAUAUAGUUCCAUAUGCA